AUGUUGCCAGUCGUCGCGACAUUUGGCUCUUUCGGUGACAUAGUAUCGCUCUGCCUCAUCAUUAAAGACCUAGUGAAGGCAAUUGACGAUAGUAGAGGCGCCUGUGCGGAAUACCAGGAAAUCAUCAAAGAAGUAUGGGCUCUCGACCGGAUUUUGCUUCUGGCAGAAGAUCUGUGGAGGCCGUGCGAAGCUAACAUCGAGCUGAUAGGCCUCCGUGAAAUGGCUCGUCACAUAACGCAUCAAUGCCGUUCUUCCAUCGAGAAGUUUCUCGAAAAGCUCAAGAAGUAUGGUCCAAAGCUAAGUGAUGGUGGGUCAGGGAGCUCGAUACGGAAUACAAAAAUGAAGAUAAGAUGGCAGACUUCCCAGAUUCAAUGUGCUGAUUGUGGAAUGUGGUGUCGAAGUAUCACCGAGCACAACGAUGUUGAUCCACCUCCAACCGCGAAUGGCCCAAAGAACUUCCACGGGCAGGAGCACUGA